UUUCCUCCAGUGUUUUUAGCACAGCAUUUCACAGCCGGAUUUAGGAGGACACACAAUGAUGGAAACUAACAGCUACCAGCUCAAAAAUGUACCUGAUGCCAAUGGAAAAGGCAUACACAACCAAGCGUUUGAAAUAGAGGAGGAUAACAUUACUGAAACUAGCAGCGUGAAAAAUCAGAAUGAAAAGACUAAAAGGAGUGUGGGAUCAUAUUUAAGCAAAGUAACCAAGCCGCUUAAUGCUAUAGAGGAUUAUACCAAGACUCACUCGAAAACGUUCAAAUACAUAGUGCUGGGCAUACUUGGAGCAGGUUAUGUGGCAUACUUCAUUGCAGCCUGUGUACUGGAUUUCCAGAGGGCUACUGCGCUUGUUGUCCUCACAUGUUUGGCUUUAGUCAUUAAAACUUAUGAACUUUUGACGGUUUACAAAGGAGAGAGCAUCAGCCGGUGUUUCAAGCCUGCAAUAAGAUGCUUUAAAUCUAACUUUAAAUGGAUAAAAUGGGUUUUCAUCUUGAUUGCUGUGGUUCUGCUAGUGGUGUGGCUCGCCUUAGACACAAGCAAACGUCCUGAGCAGCUUGUUUCAUUUGGAGGCGUGUGCAUGUUCCUUGUGCUCAUCUUCAUCUUCUCUGCGCACAGAACUGCGGUGUCAUGGAGGCCUGUGUUUUGGGGUCUCGGGAUGCAGUUCUGUAUCGGCCUGUUUGUCAUAAGAACAGAGCCUGGACUUAUAGCGUUCGAAUGGCUUGGAAACCAAGUGAAGAUAUUCCUGGACUAUACUAAAAAAGGGUCAGAGUUUGUUUUUGGGGACCUGACCGAGAACAUUUUUGCCUUUCAAGCUUUGCCCAUUGUUGUGUUCUUCAGCAGUGUCAUGUCAAUCCUUUACUUCAUGGGAAUAAUGCAGUGGAUCAUUUUAAAGAUCUCAUGGGUUAUGCAGAUAACGAUGGGAACCUCCCCCACAGAGACCUUGAGUGUGGCAGGCAAUAUAUUUGUUGGGCAGACAGAGGCACCACUGGUGAUUCGCCCCUAUCUGAAGGACAUGACCAAGUCUGAGAUCCACGCUGUUAUGGUUGGUGGGUUUGCCACGAUUGCAGGAAGUGUCAUGGGAGCUUUUAUUUCAUUUGGGAUUGAUGCGUCGUCCUUGAUCUCGGCCUCUGUGAUGGCUGCUCCUUGUGUCUUGGCCAUGUCUAAGCUGUCCUACCCAGAGACAAAAGAAAGUCCUUUCAAAUCUGACAAGAACAUUACAGUGGCUUGUGGUGAUGAACAGAAUAUCUUGGAGGCUGCUAGCAGUGGAGCCUCUGCCUCAAUAGGUCUUGUUGCGAACAUUGCAGCAAACCUGAUUGCCUUUCUUGCCAUUCUCGACUUCAUAAAUUCAGCUUUGAGUUGGCUUGGAGGUAUGGUUGGAUAUCCUGGAAUCAAAUUUGAGAUCAUUUGCUCUUAUGUGUUCAUGCCUGUGGCCUUUAUGAUGGGAGUACCGUAUGAUGAGUCUUUUAUUGUCGCUGAACUAAUCGGCACAAAGCUCUUCCUCAAUGAAUUUGUGGCUUAUCAGAAAUUAUCUUCACUGAAGAACAACAGACUCACUGGAGUUGAAGAAAUCAUUAAUGGACAGAGACAAUGGAUUUCUAUUCGAUCGGAAAUAAUCAGCACUUAUGCUCUGUGUGGGUUUGCCAACUUCAGCUCUCUGGGUAUUGUUAUUGGAGGCCUAUCCUCUAUUUGCCCAUCCAGAAGAGGUGAUAUCUCAUCUUUAGUUUUGAGAGCUAUGAUCACUGGAACAUGUGUGUCUCUUGUCAACGCUUGCAUAGCAGGGAUCCUCUUUGUACCUCCACCUGACUGUGUGGGGCUGUUUGAGUUUUCUACUUUUGAUGCCACAAAUAAAACCAUACAACUUUGCUGCACUGAGCUUUUUACAAGCACGGUAAAUAAUGGGACCAUCUCAUUUGAAGGAAUCUGGAGCACAGUAGUAAAUGCCACCGUCUAUUUGUCAAAAUGUUGUGAGUGCUGUGGUCUUUCUCAACCAGACCUUUGUGUGUAGAAGAAAAGCACCAGUGUUUGUUUUUAUAUUUAAUUUUCUUCUCUCUGUUUAUAUAUUUAUGUCACUGUCUAUGACAAAAUGUAAAGCUUGAAUGAAACUAUCUGUAUGUUUAUUCUUAUAUACAAUAUUCCAUGUGCCUGUAAUGUAUUAUAAUGUAAAUUACUAUAGAAAUUGUCAUAUAUUUUAAGAUUUAAGGACACGCCUUACU